UUACCUCCUGUUGUUCUCUGAAUCUUAUAAAUAUCCGAUCCCACCUCAACAGUUGCAUCCGAUCGGAGAAAAUGGCGGGGCGGAUUUCUCUACAUUCAUCGAAGAGACUGCAGCAGCUGCUAGUGCUGCUGCUUAUAGGGACGAUUUACGGUUUCCAACAGGGGGUGGUUGCAGGGAAACCAAUUCCUCAAAUCCAGUCUACAUCUGAGAUUCUUCAGGAUUCUAUCAUACAAGAGAUAAAUGCAAACCCCACGGCAGGAUGGGAAGCUUCCAGGAAUUCUCGAUUCUCUAAUUACACCAUUGACCAAUUCAGGCAUCUCCUUGGAGUGAAGCAAAUGCCUCAGAAUGCUUUGGAUACUACUCCAGUGAAAACUCAUCCCAAGUCCUUGAAGUUGCCCAAGCAAUUUGAUGCAAGAACAGCUUGGCCUCAAUGUAGCACCAUUGGAAGAAUACUUGAUCAGGGUCAUUGUGGUUCUUGUUGGGCCUUUGGCGCAGUGGAAUCACUAUCGGAUCGUUUCUGCAUUCAUUUUGGCAUGAACAUUUCCCUGUCUGUUAACGACCUCUUAGCAUGCUGUGGUUUUAUGUGUGGAGAAGGUUGUGAAGGGGGAUAUCCCAUUCGUGCAUGGAACUACUUUGUCCGGCAUGGUGUUGUUACUGAAGAGUGUGACCCGUACUUCGAUGAUGUUGGGUGUUCUCACCCUGGUUGUACACCUGAAUAUCCAACCCCAAAGUGUGUAAAGAAGUGUCAAGUGAAAAACCAACUCUGGAAGGAAUCUAAGCACUUCAGUGUUAAUGCUUAUAGAAUUGAUUCAGAUCCAUACAACAUCAUGGCAGAAGUCUACAAGAAUGGUCCUGUGGAAGUCUCCUUCACUGUUUAUGAGGAUUUUGCUCAUUAUAAGUCUGGGGUCUACAAACACAUUACGGGUGGUGUCAUGGGAGGCCAUGCUGUGAAGCUAAUUGGGUGGGGGACUAGUGAUGAUGGAGAGGAUUAUUGGCUUCUUGCAAAUCAGUGGAACAGGAGCUGGGGUGAUGAUGGUUACUUCAAGAUCAUCAGAAAUACAAAUGAAUGUGGAAUUGAAGAGGAUGUGGUCGCGGGAUUGCCUUCAACCAAGAACUUGAUUUGGAAACAUGCUGGAGUGGAUGCAGGCCACGAUGCCACCAUGUGACUGUACAAAUUCUACUCUACUAAAACCAUUAUGUAUUUUAUAGGGGUCAGAACUUGAAAUUUUAAAUACGUGCAUCUGUGUUUUGGUGAUUUAUGCUCUCUAUUUAUGUAUAAAAAGAACUGAGCAGCAAAACCCCUGUGCUCUUUUUUAUGUAUUGAACUAUUGAUAGGAUAUUUGCAUGCUGUGUGAAAAACAAAGUGGCACCCCAUAGCUGGAUCGUCUUUUAACCACAUAGUGAAUUUGCUCAAAAUUGAA